AUGGCAGUCGAAGUGACCUAUGUCGUGCAGCUGAAGACGGAGCAGCAUCCAGAGGGCUUGGUGGCCCCUUCCGACCUUGUUGUCGAGUACAAGGAGAAGAAGUACCUCAAAUUGCUCGGCAGUCAUCACUGGCUGGUCAGGCUCAUUUGCCCGGAGCUUUACAAACGACACCGAAACCCGAGCAUAGCAACCACCAAGACCAUGAAGGACUUGACCCAAGCCGCCGUGAAUGCUUUCGUCAAGAUGGGCGAAGAACAGGAGGACUUGUUCGAAGGUGUGGCCGACAGCAAGAAAGCACCCCUGAAAAGAAAGCGAUCCUGUGUCGAGAGCGGGGUGAAGACUGUUACAUUGCCUGACUACAGCACAGCCGAGUUCUACAUGGAUCAGCACCACAGCUGCUGCCCUGCUGUGCUGCUGGAGCCCAAGUCUCUGGAAGCAGUGCUGGGCUACCUGAGGGGAUGCUGCGAGGAGUGCGAGAAGUCCGCGACCAGGGCCUACAACAAGACGGGCAAGUUCAAGAAGAAGUGA